GACUGUCUCUAGUUGAUGUGUUGCGAACACGCGGACGAACACGCUCACGCACACAUCAGAUGGGCUUCCAAGACCCACCUCAAGAACUGUGAUUGGUUCCUCACGUACAGGCAGACCUGCCCCGGUUUCUGCUUUACUUUUACCGUCAAAAUUAUGCAAAUGACGCCGAACGUGCAGGCAGCUGAGGACAGAUCUAUGGGACAGAGUAGACCUGCGCAGUCCAAAAUGGCGAACCGCGACAAGGAGCUGGAAGAGGAGAUCUACGACAAAGUCGUAGACCUAACAGAAUAUGCCAAACGUCAACGAUGGUGGAAUCGCCUUUUUGGGAAAAACUCUGGCCCUGUUGCAGAGAAAUACUCCGUGGCCACACAGAUAGCCAUAGGGGGAGUGAGUGGAUGGUGUGUAGGGUAUCUCUUCCAGAAGGUUGGUAAAGUUGCUGCAACAUCUGUAGGAGGAGGUCUUCUGCUGUUGCAGAUUGCCAACCAUACUGGCUAUAUCCAAGUGGACUGGAAAAGAGUAGAGAAGGAUGUCAACAAAGCAAAGAAGCAGUUAAAAAAGGGCACCAAACAAGCAGGCCCGGAGCUGAACACAUUUGUUGAGAGGUCCACCGAGUUUGUGAAGAAAAACAUUGUUGUCACAAGUGGUUUUAUUGGAGGAUUCCUGCUCGGCCUGGCAUCUUAGGGUCUGCCAAAUGACAAGAGUCUGUGUCCCUUUGAUGUCAUGAAAAACUAGGGAAGCAAUAUAAAUCACUGCUGGAUGGUUUUUAAGUGUUUAAAUGGCAGCAACCAACCAAUUUCAUAUUAGUUCUACAUAGGCUGCACUUCCUUUUGUCCUCUUAAAUACUGUACCUCCACAUGAUGAGCACUGUCCAUAUAAUGUGGGCCACCUUGUUAUAAUGCCCUUGAAAGUGAACUUUUUUAAAAGGGUCAUUCAGGCAUGACCCUUUCAAAAUACUCUACUUUCUAGGGCAAAAAAAUAUAAACAUAUCAUAUAAAAAUACUUGUAAAGGCCCUCAGAAAGUUGCAUUUUUUAUUUAUUUAUUUGUAGCAAACUAAGAUUGCACCAAAAAGAAAGAUAAUGCAUUGUAAUAGCUGCCUUGUUGUGCACAGUUAAGCCAAGUUAAGAGCAGGUUGAUUGAAAUUCACCUUUACAUGGCAGCCCAUAGGACUCCAACAAUGCCGGUUCUGUUUUUUUAAUUUCCAGACAUAGUACUCUGUCAUCUUCAGGGUAAGGAAAGAUAUGGGAUUGAUAUGCCUUUAGAGGUGCUACAUGAUUGCCGGGUUAUGUCAGCCUCCCUUGCAUCUCUCUUUUUGUAUGUAUUUUGUUUAGCAGUAAAUUGAUGCUUUAGGUCCUGAAGAUUUUGGUUUGUCUACAAUGUAAGCUUGAUGAAGAAAUAAAAUAAAACAUGACUUUAAUUUAA